UCUUCACUUGUCGCUGCGGCUGCACUAGCACGGUCUCUUGAGCCAGUUGUGGCACUUGCUCUUAAUUAAGAUUUUUACUAUCUUUGAAUGCUACUCUUGAUAUGGAGAAGAUUGAAGAACAGUUUGCUAAUCUGCAAAUUGUCAAGCGUUCUUCAGAAAAUAAAGAACCCACUUACCUACUUGGUAUAGACAUCUCAAGGACAGCGCAAGCAGAAAAAGGAAGCUUGGUUGCUGCUUUGUGUUCUAACGGAUCCAUCAGAGUAUAUGAUAAAGAAAGGUUGAAUGUACUGCAUGAAUUUAGUGGACACCCUGGACUUCUUAAUGGCGUCAGAUUUGCAAAUUCCUGUGACAGAGUAUAUUCAGCAUGUACCGAUGGCACUGUGAAAUGUUGGGAUGCUCGACUAGCCAGCACAAAACCUGUCCAGCUGUUCAAAGGUUACCCUUCCAAUGUGUUUAUCAGCUUUGACAUCAAUUGUGACGAUCAUGUCAUUUGUGCUGGGACAGAAAAAGUUGAUGAGGAUGCAUUGUUGGUAUUUUGGGAUGCAAGAAUUAAUUCUCAGGAUUUGUCCACUUUUAGAGACCCUCUUGGCACAUAUUCAGAGACGCACAGUGAUGAUAUCACUCAAGUAUGUUUCCAUCCCAGCAGCCCCAACAUGGUAGUCUCAGGUUCAACUGAUGGUCUUGUAAAUGUAUUUGAUGUCAGUGUGGAUAAUGAAGAGGAUGCACUAGUUACAACCUGCAAUUCUAUUUCAUCUGUGAGCUGUAUUGGUUGGUCUGGGAAAGAUUAUAAGCAAAUUUACUGCAUGACGCAUGAUGAAGGAUUUUGUUGGUGGGAUCUCAAUCAUCUAGAAACGGAUGAGCCAAUUACAUGUUUAGAUAUCCACGAUGUCAGAGAAGUGAUUAAUGUGAAAGAAGAUAUCUUGGACUAUUUGAUUGGUGGCCUUUAUCAUGAAAAGAUGGACAGAUUAUUUGUUGUUGGAGGAACAAACACAGGGAACAUUUGCUUGCUGAGCUGUACUGCCUCAGGACUGACCCAUGUGAUGAGUCUGCAGGGAGGGCAUGCUGCUACAGUCCGCUCUUUCCAUUGGAAUAUGCAGAAUGAGUCUUUGCUGACUGGCGGAGAAGAUGGCCAAUUGCUCCUUUGGAGACCUGGACCCAUAGAGAAGACCCCCACCAAGAAAGGCAGCCGGAAGAUGGCGUCCUCUGUGCACCAGCGCCUGCGAGUUCACAGUAAUGACUCUUGUAAGAGAAGGAAAAGCAGUGAUGUUAAAUUGAGAGUUGACUGUUUUAAGUAAUUCUGUUUACCACCUGUGGGCAUGUAUCAAAUGUACAUGUGAAAAAUUUAAAAAGUUAGUAAACCCUCCUAGAAAGAAUGUUGAAAAUGGUUUAAUUCCGCUCAUCACAUAUUCUGAAAUUAUUUUGUUAAAACGAUCAAUCAAGUAUAAAAUCAGCAAGUUGGAAGGAAAAUGCCGUUCAUUUAAAAAACCCAUCUGUUAGUAAAUGUUGGACUUAAAAGAAAUUGCUUUUGAUAAGUACUCUUUAGAAGUGGAUGUAAUAAGACAUGAUUUGGGUUGUUGGUUUUUGGGGUUUUUUUAAGCAUGUUUUCUUGCAUUUAAAUUAUCUUCACUGUUGAUAGAGCCAAAUUAGACCCUUUUUUCUUUUUCAUUUGAGUAGUUCCUGCUUGCUUAAUAUACACAGGUGACAUUGAAGUAUUUAAAUGUAAAUAUCCUGCUGACUACACAAAAUGCUUUUUAGAAAUAAAAUUAUAGGUAUCCAUCUAAAAUGGUGUAUUCAGUAAAUAUUUACAUCUGUAUUUUAAUAUGGAGCCCUGGGGGUGUAGUGGUUGGC